AUGUAUGAAUGCACUGAGCGUGGAAAAGCCAUUCACCAGCAAGUACCUGUCAUUGGACCUCAGAGAAUUCACACAAGGAAAAAAUCUUAUGAAUGUAGUGAGUGUGGAAAAGUGGUUUCUCAUAAGUCGAGCAUAAUCAUACAUCAGAGGGUCCACACAGGUGAGAAACCUUAUGAAUGCAGGGAGUGUGGAAAAGCUUUUUCUCGUAAGUCGCACAUGAAUGCACAUCACAGACUGCACACUGGGGAAAAACCUUAUGAAUGUAAUGAGUGUGGUAAAGGCUUUUCUGAUAAGCCACAGCUUGUUAGACAUCAGAGAAUCCACACUGGGGAAAAACCUUAUGAGUGUAGUGAGUGUGGAAAAGCUUUUUUUCAUAAGUCAAGCAUCAUCGUGCAUCAGAGAAUCCACACUGGGGAAAAGCCUUACGAAUGUAGUGAGUGUGGAAAAGCUUUUACCUACCAGUCAUACUUCACUAAUCAUCAGAGAAGGCACACAGGUGAAAAACCUUUCGAAUGUAGUGAGUGUGGAAAAGCCUUUUUCUAUAAGUCAAACCUGAUUAGACAUCAGAUAAUCCACACUGGGGAAAAGCCUUAUGAGUGUAGUGAGUGUGGAAAAGGCUUUCCUGAUAAGCCACAGCUCUUUAGACAUCAGAGAAUCCACACUGGGGAAAAACCUUAUGAAUGUAGGGAGUGUGGAAAAGCUUUUUCUCGUAAGUCAGACAUGAACACACAUCAGAGGAUCCACACUGGGGAAAAACCUUAUGAAUGUAGGGAGUGUGGAAAAGCUUUUUCUCGUAAGUCACACCUCAUUACACAUCAGAGAAUCCACACCGGGGAGAAACCUUAUGGAUGUAGUGAGUGUGGAAAAGCUUUUUCUCAGAAGUCGAGUAUUGGAUUACAUCAGAGAAUCCACACUGGGGAAAAACCUUAUGAAUGUAUAGAGUGUGGAAAAGCUUUUCCUUAUAAGUCACAGCUAAUCAGACAUCAGAGGAUCCACACAGGGGAGAAACCUUAA